AAGUGUUAGGGGUGUUUCCAGCUGAUCUACACAACAGAGGAGCUCGUCUCCCCGUGUGUCCAGUGUCUGCUGUCUGCUCUUUUCCGUCCAAAGAUCACGGAGAGCGGGCUUGGAGUCCCCCGCCGUGCACCCUUAAACAGAGCCUCCUAUUUUCUGUGUACAACACGAAACGCCCCGGCACCUACUGGGACUCUAUCCACUGCUCCGCUCUGUAGCCGCUGUCGGUGGUUGUUAGCUUGGACUGUCAUGAUCUCAGCGCGGAGAUGGCGUCUAUACCCGGUUUGUGCAAGGCUGUCGGGCCCGCUGUUGAGGAGGACAACGGAGACCUGGACCACUCUCUGGGGCAGAUGCUGAAGGCCAUCGCCGACGAACGGAGCCGCCUCAACAUCAGACAGGAGCUCAGCGGACUCGGUUGCUUUAAAGAUGACCGCAUUGUGUUUUGGACAUGGAUGUUUUCCACAUACUUUAUGGAGAAGUGGGCUCCACGACAAGACGACAUGCUCUUCUAUGUUCGGCGGAAGUUGUCCUAUGUCAACACUGACAACACGGAGGGCAAAAAAGUGGAGGUUGAGGUAUUCCGGAGAGACUCUAAGAAACUGCCAGGCCUUGGAGAUCCUGACAUUGACUGGGAAGAGAGUGUCUACUUGAAUCUUAUUCUACAAAAGUUGGAUUACGUAGUGACAUGCGCAGUCUGCACACGCUCCGACGCAGGGGAUAUCCACAUCCAUAAAAAGAAAUGUCAGGAGGUGUUUGCUUCACCCAGUAAACAUGCAAUGGACAGUAAAGGAGAAGAAUCCAAAAUGAGUUACCCAAAUAUCUUCUUCAUGAUUGAUAACUUUGAGGAGGUGUUCAGCGACAUGACAGUGGGUGAGGGAGAGAUGGUGUGUGUUGAGCUGGUGGCGAGCGACAAAAGCAACACUUUCCAGGGAGUCAUCUUCCAGGGAUCCAUUCGCUACGAAGCACUAAGAAAGGUCUACGACAACCGGGUGAGUGUUGCUGCUAAAAUGGCUCAACGGAUGUCAUUUGGUUUCUAUAAAUACAACAACAUGGAGUUUGUGAGAAUGAAAGGUCCCCAAGGCAAAGGGCAUGCAGAGAUGGCCGUUAGCAGAGUCCCAACAGGUGACACAUCUCCUUGUAACACAGAAGAAGACCAGAUGUCACCGAUGCAUGAAAAGGUAACGUCGUUCAGCACCCCUCCGACCCCAGAAAGAAACAGACCCUCCUUCUUCUCGCCAUCACUACGCCGUAAAGUACCUCGAAACCGAAUCGCUGAAAUGAAAAAGUCUCACUCUGCAAAUGACAGUGAGGAGUUUUUCAGAGAGGAGGAUGAUGAAGAUAUCCACACAGCCACCAACCUGCGCUCUCGCUCUCUGUCGGGAACGGGGCGCUCCCUUGUUGGCUCUUGGCUCAAACUGAAUCGAACGGAGGACUACUUCCUGCUGUACUCCCACCUGACCUACAUCACUCUGCCUCUGCAUCGCAUCACUACAGACAUCCUGGAGGUGCGGCAGAAGCCAAUUCUGAUGACAUAGCAUAUUUUCUCCCAGAGCAUCAUUACUAAGUGCCUCCCUGCUGUAGGCCACUGAGACAACAGCACCACCUGAAGUCAAACUGUUGCAAACAUCUGACAUCUGGGAUGAUCAAAACCAGCCAUUCAAGAAGUGCCUCUUCUUUCUUUUAAUUUCCUGCCGUUUGGACAGGAAGGUCAUCUCUAGGAAACAGCUUUGGGGAGGAGCACAUGACCAUGUGUGAAUGGCACUGGCUGAACUCGGACCAUGAGAAUAAAAGAAUGUCAGCUUUCCUGUAAAUAUCCUGCUGCUUUACUGAUCAUUGACACUAUGCGAGUUGGAGCUUUUAUGUUUUUAUCCACAGCAGCAGGUGCUUUUAAGUUUUACAUUUUAUGAAACUCUGAGAAAAAAAACUGUCAAUGAUGGAACGAGAAGGGUCAAGUGGAUCGAAUCCUGUGGUGGGUUAAAAAAACAUUACCAAACCAUUACAGCAUUAAAUAUUUCUAGUUCAGCUAGUCUCUCCCUUGUUUUACUUCUUUAUUCUGUUUAAAGUUUGUGACUUCUACAUCAUUUGAUUCACACAGUCAAUUAGUGAAUUACACUGUUUAUAUGGUUUUUUUUUAUGUGUUAAAGUUUAUUUUUGUUUAAUUAUAGCAUUUUUAUUUUUUAAUAAAAAGGGAUGUUAGCUAUUUCAAGGAAGAUGUUUUAACAAGCUGCUUAGAUGCUUUAUUAACAAACUUUAUAAAACAAUGAAGAUACUGGACUGUUAUGAAUAUAGAACAAGUUUCCUCACUACUGCUGGUUAUAUUGUUUUGUUGUUUUUUUUUGUUUUUUUUUUCUUUUUUGGCUUUGUUUUGACCCUGUAUCAAAAGAACAAAUUAGAACAGAUUUACAAAGGGUAUUGCGUGUUUACAUUGUUACAAAAUAGAUUGGAUGGAUUUGGGAAUAUUCAAAUCAACAGAUAUGAUAUUAUCACAUAUUUUUAUGUAUGUUUUUUUCUCCCCAAGUGUGCUCCUCAAGCCUUAAAAUUUAGACCUAGUGUUUUUGUUGUUGUUGUUGUUGUUUUAUUUUAAAAUACUUUUUUAUCUCACAAAUGACCAGCCGAGGCUUCCAAAGAUCCAGCAAUCAUAACGCUUAUUUCUUCACAAAUAUGUUUAUUAACACUGUUAUGUCACUACAUAUGUGUGCUUCUUUUAUAUGUAGAGCAAACUCUUCCCUGGAUGUAUAAAUAAUUUUCAGAAAUUACCAGUAACAAUAAUUCAGCCACAUGGUGCAGACCUAAUUUAAAGGACAGUUGUUAUCAGUAUCAUUAUAUGAUACAGAUUGAGAUGUUAACGUUCGCACCAGUUUGCACUCAGAGAUGAAGCCACUGAUCAAAUCAAGUCAUCAAUCAGUGUUGUGUGUGUGUGUAUGUGUGCGUAUGGAUUUUUCACUAAAGCAGGGCACUUUCCAGUGUUGUAUGAUAAAAUAGUUAAGUUAUUCCAUCUGAAUGUAGGCUGCUGCUUGAUAGCAAACAUUGCUUUAACUAUUUGAUACUAUAAGCUAAAUACAAGUGUGCACUGUAAAUGCUACUUACUAGAACCUUUUUUAAUUCUGACUAUUAAGCUUUUGCUGUCAUUGUUAGCUUUUGUACACAUAUCCAACAAUGUGCAUGUUAUUUCACUUUGUUGUUUUUGUUUCCAAAACUGUUGCCUGUACAUUUUCCUGUACUAAUUUAUUAAAUUGUACCUCAAAAAUGAAUAA